AUGGAGAAAAAGAUAGUGCGCAAAGGGCCGCUGCCUGGAGGUCGCCAGGGCGCGUCUGGAGCUGGCGCUGGUCGCGACUUCAUGCGGGCCGCCAGACGAGUGCGGGGUGUUGCAAGACCACCUAGCAGCCCCCCGCAUCCAUCAUCCCCACGAGAAGGCUUGGUGUCGGCUGGGUCUUCUCGAACUCAGCAAGCGGCACCCGCCGCUGGUGGAGCACGUCGCAUGCGUUGGUCUAAAUCAAUGAAUGAAAACGCACUGCGGGCGUAUUUUAGGGCAAAAGGGGAAGAAACUGGAUGUUUGGCGUAUCGGGCUCGGAUGCAUCGCUUUUUUGCAGAGCUGGAGCCAUCUCUAUCCGUCACUGAGCAAAACCUGGCAGACCGAGUUAGGUACAUCCUGCGCUCCAACAUAUUUGGUGACGCCGAACUCGAGCGACUACGACGUGAGGCUAUUCCUUCAUCGAAUGGAAAUGCUACGGCUAGGAAUGCGGCGCCACUAGAUGCGCAACAAACUGCAUAA